AUGAAGUCGUUGUUUCCUGCCACAGCGUUGGGAGGCCAAUUGGACUCCCCAUUUACUCAGGGGAAUUUGAAACCAGAGGGAAGCAAUGCGGAUCCUGGAGUUUUUGGCGGGAGCCUCAGCGCUGCCGGAGCUACCAGCGGACAGGCGUUCCCCCUUCCAUUUGCUCAGGAUCUGCAAAAAGGGGCACUCGAGUUUCAGGGUACUGCUUUGUACCCAGAGGUAGCUGCAGUGUUGACGCCAGCCCGCUAUUCAGCUACUCUGUACUGGGACAUAAGCACGCAGCUUCGUUCCAACCCCGGAGUCACGCCAAUCAUACGGGCUCGGUGGCACACGGCCGAACAAUACGUGGCUGCGGCGGCAGCGCUUCGUGACGACCGUGCGCCGGUGCGAGCCCAAAGUCCCACUCAGUUUUUGAGGGAUAAGGGCCUCGCUCUUGUUCCUGCAACUCAAGAGUCUCUGGUAGACGAAAAGGGAAGACCCUUGCCCUACCCGUUUUCUUUGCCUACUGCACUGCAACUUCUUCAAAGUGCAUUUGGAACUGAGUACGCAGUCAAAGAGCUUGCCACAGGCGAGCUUCCGUCGGAUGCGCAGUCACUGGGGGUUUCCGCAAGCGGCCGAGGAGCUAGUGAUUCACCGACAUCUGGAUCAUCAGGUCGUUCACCCCGAUCUGAGCGUAACCAUACGCGGGAGACCACUAGCGCAUUCUUGCGUUGGAUACCGUUCGGCCUGACACGCAAAUCUUCCCCAGCCGAAGGUGUUGGUGAGCUCGCUGUGGGCGUUAGAGCUGAAGACGGUGCUUUGAUUGAACCACCAGAAAAUGAAGAGUUCUUCGUGGAAAGUCUUUCAAGAAGCUUGCCUCGGCACUGGCUUAGAGCUCCAGAUGGACGGCAUCUGGUAAUUGUCUUGGACGAUCAGAUCACGGAAUGUAGGAACCUUUUGCAUCUCGCCGUCAACUCGUCGAGUGGAGGAACCCCUGUAUUUGUGGAAAAUUCCGAAGGCCUUGAUCCACGAAAGUUGCUAAAACGCCUAAAGGACGAACGUAUAGAUGGGAAAAAAAUCGCUUUCGUACUUUUUGCUCUUGGAGGGUCAGAGGUAAUGCCGAUGAAUGCUGCAUUUUUAGACCGAGCAGUUCUACGAGUGCCCAAAGCGGAUGACAUCAAGUCAUUCCUCAAGCGACAGGAAGAAGAAGCGGCUGAAGAGUUGGCAUCCGAGAAGCGCGAAUUGGAGCAAAUGCAGCAGCACAUGGAAAAGCGCACAGAACAUCUUUUGGAGGUAGCUGGUGGCAGCACAGCUGCUAAAAUAGACGAGAUAAACAUGGAUCUCAAGCAGGAUUCGGGCAAAAGCGAUCUACUUGAGGCCUACACCUCAAGUAAAGUGGAGCAACCUCCAGUGCUUGUUCUAAAUCCGUUCGACGAGUUUCUGCUUCGCUUCAACUACACGGAAGUUAGCGACCUGACCAGCUAUGCAGAGGCACUCGCGAUGGAACUGAGGAAUGAACCGCUCGAGAUCUCAAUAGGGGGAGACUCGCACCGGAUUGCUGUAAUGAUCCUAUCGGAUCCCCCUGAAGCGGAAACUGAGCUGGGCCCGGCUUGGGUGCGCCUUAACAGACUAAUUCACAUGGCAAUCGCUAUCUCAAUGAUUGUUGGCCUACUUUGCUGCCUGUGCAUGUGGCGGCUGAUGAUUCUUCUAAAGCAACGCUAA